AGAGAUACAUUGAUGCAGAUUGAUGGAGGCAGCAGCAAGCAAAAUGCUUUCGUCAUCCUUGUCUUUGCCACCAAGAACCCAACUCAAGCAAUUUUCUCCUCCUCCUCCUUCAGGAUAUCGAGACAGAGGAAGGUUGCCAAUUGGUUUGAGUUGGAACCCUAAAGAUUUGAAUUUCCCUGGGCUGAUCCUGCAUCAGAGUUGGAUUAUUCUUGUGAAUAACUUCAUAUGGUUGAGCUUUGAAGUUAUAUGAGCCUGCAGCUCCUGCACAUUCUUCUAUGUUAGCAACUUCUUUAGCUCAACAUUUCCCUACUUCCGUGCUUAUUCAAGAACAACGCCGUGAAAGUAAGCCGUUGUUGCAAACAAUAAAAGACGACAAAACAUCCCAGGCAACAGUGGACGGCGAGCAGAAAGGAGCUGAUCAUGAAGUGGAUGCUAUAAGUUCUGAUCAAUACCUUAAAGAAUUCCAAUGCCAAUUGCUACAGUGGCCUGCUUUAUGGUAUUUGUUACCUUCCACGCAUACAAGAGAAAAAACACCCUCCUCUUUGACUAUGCAGCCUGCUCCAAAUGGGACAACAAAGCUUAUGGAUGUUGAAAUGGAACAUGUACUUGACCUUGCUAAGAAAGCUCUAUCAGCUUCAAAAGAAGCAGCUUCAUUAGCCGAUGAUGGUGAACCAUUUGGAGUUGAUCUUGAUAAAUCCAUCACUUCAAGCUUAGGAUCUACGAAUUCAAGUGUACUUCAAACGGGGAAGGUAAAAUUCGUUAAGUCAACACGCCUCCUAGAGAGGCAAUCGAAGAGGAGAAAGGGGACAAAGUCGAAUGUUAUUGUUCGCGAGACUAGCACUUCUACGAAACCAGAGCCAGAGAAAAAAACAACAUAUAGAGAUUCUAAUCUACAUGAUCCUCUUCGAAUGUUCUUGGCACGUCCAGUAACAAGAGAACUUUUGAGUUCAAAAGAAGAACUCGAAUUGAUUGCCCAUAUAAAGGCUGGAAUGCAAUUAGAAGAAGCGCGAAGCAGAUUCCGUGAUCAGUUUCAUCGUGAACCAACAUUAGUCGAAUGGGCUGAAGCCACUAGUCUUAGUUGCCAUGAAUUGAAGUCUCAACUUCACCGUGGUACCAGUAGCCGUGAAAAGUUGAUAUGUGCCAAUUUACGUAUGGUUGUUUAUAUAGCAAAGCAGUAUAGGGGACGUGGACUCGACCUUCAGGACCUAAUGCAGGAAGGGAGUAUGGGCCUCAUGCGGAGCGUCCUAAAAUUUAAGCCGCAAGCUGGUUGCCGUUUUGCUACUUAUGCUUAUUGGUGGAUAAGACAGUCCAUUAGACGAGCUAUAUUUCAAAAUUCCAAGCUCAUUCGUUUGCCAGAAGGGAUAUAUAAUCUCCUGUAUAAGGUUAGUGAAGCUAAGCGAAUAUGCAUCCGUGAAGGUAAUCAUGAGCCUACACAGAAGCAAAUUGCAGCCCAAGCUGGAAUGCCCGUUGAGAAGGUGCAAAAGUUGCGUUCUGUACAAAAAAUAACGCUCUCGUUGCAACAGCCUAUCUGGCCCGAUGAUAGUACUACAUAUGAGGAAAUCACUGCAGACACUACUAUUGAUAGCCCAGAUACAAGUGCAUCAAAGCAACUUAUGAGAAACCAUAUCUCCAACCUCCUCGGCAUUCUCAGUCCUAAAGAACGAAAAGUAAUCCGAUUGAGAUACGGAAUCGGAGGUGAGGUCCGGAAAUCGCUAGCCGAUAUCGGUAUCAUUUUGGGGGUGUCAAAAGAACGAAUCCGGCAGUUGGAAAGCCGGUCACUGUUCAAACUGAAGCAGUAUUCUGAGAGCCAAGGAUUGACUGCAUAUAAAGAUUUACUUGUUUGAUCUUUACAACAGAAACCAUAUCUGCUUUUAAUACAUUACCAAGAGGGGAAUUCCUUUCUUUUCUAAGGUUUCUUGUAAGUUUUUUCAGAUUGGCAAAGUGGGAAUCCGACGAUCAACCGCAAGGUACAACUCUUUUUGCAUAGGGUACAAGUGAUUGCACCAAAUAUAUAGCUUUUUGAAUGUACGUUACCACCGAACUUUCCAUACUUGAUUGUAACGAAAAGUUGGUCUCGGUUGAACGGAAUCCUUCCUCUCAAAAAGUAUAAUGUUUUGUAGCUUCAUGUAGACUGAAAAUUGUUUUUGUUAUAUUUAUCGUAAUAAUCUUUGAUCUCGCAAA